AUGGAGCUCGCUCUUCCCGUCAAAAUCGAUACAGGAACCAAAAAGGAAUAUGCGUUUGAAAUACCUUCCAAAUGCAAAGCAAACGUGACCAAUCGGUGCAACCUCAACGUUGUCAGAAAAGUAUUUGACAAUUUAAACGAUGCACAUCAAGAUCGAUUUGCAGAGUCUUGCUUCCGGCCACUAAUAAAUAUUACCGAGAUCAUAUUGUCCUCCCAAAUAGUCCACCAAGUACUUCGUAGGACAUUGAAAGCGUCCGAAGAUGACAAAGAUGCCGUGUGGUUCAGAUUUGGGGAAAAAGAAGCUAGAUUCGGGUUACAAGAGUUUUCUCUUGUAACUGGAUUUAAGAUUGCAGCGGAUGAUGAAAAUGCAAGAAGAAGGGGAAGAUCAAACGCAGUGACUUACUCGAGAAAUUUCUUACGCUGA